AUGGCUUCACUGUACCAGCGCUUCAGCGGGAAGAUCAACACCUCCCGCUCGUUCCCCGUUCCCCCCGAAGCGAGUCACCUCCUGGGCGCCCAGAGCAGCGAGGAGGACGGCGCUGCCGGCAAGACCCCGCGUCCAUUGCAACAGGAAGGCAGCCGGCCCCGCUUCCAGUACCAGUCGCGAAGUGACUGCGAGGAGGAGGAUGAGCUGGUGGGGAGUAAUCCUCCUCAAAGAAACUGGAAAGGAAUUGCAAUUGCCUUACUUGUUAUUCUCGUUAUCUGCUCACUGAUUGUCACCUCUGUCAUACUUCUGACACCAGUCGAAGAUAACAGCUUGUCUCAGAAGAAGAAGAUAACGGUGGAAGAUCUCUUCAGUGAUGAUUUCAAGAUUCAUGACCCAGAGGCUAAAUGGAUAACUGAUAAUGAAUUCAUUUAUAGAAACCAGAAUGGCACAGUGAUUCUGAGGAAUGUCGAAACCAACAGUUCGACAAUAUUAAUAGAAAACAAAAAAAUUGUUUCCUUAAAGGCUAUCCGGUAUGAAGUGUCACCUGAUCGGGAAUAUGCACUAUUUGCCUUCGAUGUUGAACCUGUGUAUCAGCAUUCAUAUACAGCAUAUUAUGUCCUCAGCAAAAUACCUCACGGGGAUCCCCAGAAUUUGUAUCCCCCUGAGGUCAGCAAUGCAAAGCUUCAGUAUGCUGGUUGGGGUCCAAAAGGGCAACAGCUGAUAUUUAUCUUUGAGAAUAACAUCUAUUACUGUGCCCAUGUGGGGAAACAAGCCAUCCGAGUGGUCUCCACAGGAAAGGAAGGUGUUAUUUUCAAUGGGCUCAGCGACUGGCUGUAUGAAGAGGAGAUCUUGAAGACUCAUAUUGCUCAUUGGUGGUCUCCUGAUGGCACCAGGUUGGCAUAUGCAACAAUCAAUGCCUCCAGAGUCCCCACCAUGGAGAUCCCAAUAUACACAGGCAUCCUUUACCCUACUGUUAAAACUUACCAUUAUCCAAAGGCUGGAAUGGAAAAUCCAACUAUUUCUUUGCAUGUGAUUGGUCUGAAUGGACCCACUCAUGACCUGGAAAUGACUCCCCCAGAUGAUCAGAGAAUGAGGGACUACUACAUCACCAUGGUGAAAUGGGCCACCAGCACCAAGGUGGCAGUGAACUGGCUGAACAGGGCUCAGAACGUGUCCAUCCUGACGCUCUGCGAUGCCACCACCGGGGUCUGCACCAAGAAACAUGAAGAUGAGAGUGAUGCCUGGCUGCACCGACAGAACGAAGAACCCGUUUUUUCCAGGGAUGGUCGGAAGUUUUUCUUCGUGCGGGCCAUUCCCCAGGGAGGACGUGGGCAUUUCUACCACAUCGCCAUGUCAUCAUCACAGCCCAACAGCAGCAAUGAUGAUUUACAGGCUAUUACAUCUGGAGAUUGGGAUGUGACAAAGAUACUGGCAUAUGAUGAAAAGAGGCAGAAAAUAUAUUUCCACAGCACAGAAGAUUCACCAAGAAGGAGACAUUUAUACAGUGCAAGCACAAAUGGGAACUUCAACAGGAGGUGCCUGUCCUGUGAUCUGAUUGAAAACUGUACUUAUUUCAGUGCAUCCUUCAGCCACAAUCUGGAAUAUUUCCUCCUGACAUGUGAAGGUCCCCGUGUCCCGAUGGUGACUGUUCACAACACAACAGAUGCACAGAAAAUUUUUGAGCUGGAGGUAAAUGAAAAUGUGCAGCUGGCUGUAAAUGACAGGCAAAUGCCUAAGGUAGAAUACAUGGAAAUCAAGAUAGAUGAUUACAGAUUGCCAAUGCAGAUCUUAAAGCCAGCAACCUUUGCGGACACAGCACACUACCCCUUGCUUUUGGUUGUAGAUGGAACACCUGGCAGCCAGAUCGUCACGGAGAGGUUCGAGGUGACGUGGGAGAGCGUCAUGGUCAGCUCCCACAACGCCAUCGUGCUCAAGUUCGACGGCCGCGGCAGCGGCUUCCAGGGUGCCAAGUUACUGCACGAGGUCAAGAGGAGGCUGGGCCUUUUGGAAGAGAAGGAUCAGCUGGAAGCUGUCCGGACAAUGCUGCAGGAGCAUUUCAUUGAUAAAACAAGAGUUGGUGUGUUUGGGAAGGACUAUGGUGGUUACCUGAGCACUUACAUGCUUCCAGCUGGUGAAGACAACCAGGUGUUCACCUGUGGAGCUGCUCUUUCCCCAGUGACAGACUUCAGACUAUAUGCUUCAGCCUUUUCUGAAAGAUACUUGGGCUUGCACGGGGUUGAUAACAGAGCAUAUGAGAUCAGCAAAUUAUCACACAGAGUCUCAUUACUAAAGGAACAGACAUUUUUGAUCAUUCAUGCUACUGCUGAUGAAAAAAUCCAUUUUCAGCAUACUACGGACCUUAUCACACACCUAAUUAGAGCAAAGGCUAAUUACAGCUUGCAGAUCUACCCUGAUCAAAGCCAUUACUUCAGCAAUGCAGCAUUUGAGCAGCACUUGUACCAGUCCAUUGUCAACUUCUUUGUGGAGUGUUUCCAGGUUCCAGACAAACUCCCACUAGCCCCACUGAAAGAGGAGGAGGAGGAUGAUUAACACUACUUGUCCGUGCUAAGCACAAGGCAGAUCUCUCUGACAAUAUGCAAUUGGAUCAUUUUCCUGAAGAAAGAGAUGUUGCUAGCAUGUAUUUAAAAAAAAAGAAAAAAAACAAAACAAACAACAAAAACUGAAAGCAGCUCCUCUGCUUUACUUGACAGCAACUCCUUCCUAAAUGGAAGAACAUUAAGCAUGGUGAACUCAGCAGAAACUGCUGUCUGAAAUAAACCCAUCACAACCAACA